CUUUUAUCAGAGUUAAUGUUAUGACAAAAUCAUCAGAUUCAGCAUUUGAUGAAACUAUAACACCACCCUUCGCAUAUUUUGUAGCAUAUGUUAAUAAAAUCAUCGUCCCUGGUUCACGGGCACUGGAACGGGAGACGUCAUUAGAACAUGACUGGAGUUGUGUGAUGCGGGUGUUGGAAAUAAAAAUGGAAAGUUUACAUCAUUAUCUUGCUAUCUCGUGA